AUGGGUUUCAUUUAUGAAGCAAUGGAUAGGGCCAAAGAGGCAAUUCAGAGAGCUUUCAAUAACAAUGAAGGGAAGUAUAAGGAUAUCCUUGCAAUCAUUGAUAAAAGAUGGGAUUGCCAACUUCACCACCCUUUGCAUGCAGCGGGUUGUUAUCUAAAUCCGAAGUUCUUUUACACCAAUCCAAACAUUGACAAUGAUAAUGAAGUGGUGGAUGACCUUUACAAAUGUAUUGAUAGACUUAGUGAAGAUGAUAAUUUUGUAGUUAAAGUUCACAAACAAUUUCUAGUGUAUAAAAGGGCUGGAGAGAGGUUUGGUAUGACUGUAGCAAUGAAAGCAAGGAUUGAAAUAUCUCCUGGAAAAACACCACACUUGCAAACCAUUGCCAUUAAAGUUCUAAGUUUGACUUGUAGCUCAUUGGGAUGUGAGCAUAAUUGGAGUACCUUUGAGCAUAUUCACUCAAAGAAGAGAAGUAGGCUUGAGCACGAAAAGCUUCAAGACUUGGUUUAUGUUAAGUAUAACCAAGCUCUUCUAGAUCACUUUGAGUGUCAUGAUGUGAUUGAUCCUAUUGCUUUAAAUGAUAUUGAUGAUAACAAUGAGUGGUUAUUGGGAGAAUUGGAAGGAGAAGAAGAUGGUAAUGAUUUGGUUUUUGAUGAUGAUGAUGAUGAUUUGAAUUGGUUACAUGUUGUUGAGGCAACUUGGGCUGGUGAACCUUUACAAAACACAAGGAGCCAAACAAAGAUAAACAAGGCAGCAGUUGCACCUGCACCUACAAAUGAAAAAGUAAAAAAAGUGGUGGAAGUGAAAGAAGAGAAUGAAGAUGAGGGGGGAGAAGAGUACAAUUCUAAUGCUAGUGAGAGUGAUGGAUUUCAAGAACAUAAUGACUUGAUCUUGAAAAGGAUGAAGAUUCUGAUUAGUAAUUUAGUAUUAAGGAACUUAUAUUUGUCUAUUUAA